AUGGCAACCAAGACUGCAGGAGCAGGAGCUACCGGCAAGCGAUCUUACGAGGAUUUUGAACCAUUCUGCAAAUGGCAGAAACAGGAAGAACAUGACACUCUUGAAGUCCAUCUUCAUGGUUUGAAGAAGGAUCAAUUGAGAGUUCAACUGAACAAUCUUGGGGUUCUAACAAUCUCCGGAUCGCGUCCUCUGGAUGAAACAAGAUGGAGCAGAUUCCACAAAGAAAUCAAAGUGUCAAAGGAUUGUAAACGAAAUGAAAUCCAUGCCAAGUUCUCUAAUGGCAUUCUCUAUGUAGUGAUGCCUAAGCGAUCAUCACAAUCACAAGAUCAAGCAAUCCCAAAAACAAACAGUCAUAACAAAGAAAACCCAAAACAAGCUCAAAAUGCGACCAAGGAAUCCAUGGAUGUCACGGGUACAUCGACUAGUAUCAGUGGCGAAACUGAUAAGAGCUUCAAGGGAAGAGUUUCAAGGCUUGUUAGGGCUAAGCCGAUGAUCGUGGGGGUGGCUGCUGUGGCAGUGGCGGUUGUGGUGGUGCUUGUAGGGAUAUAUGCAGUCUGGUUCUUAAGCUACAGAAUGGGCCCAGGGGCAAUUUCGUAUUUUAAUAGUCUUACCCUUCUCUUCCCUUCUGCUCCGGCAAUCGGACAACGGUUUUUAAGUUCACAGUACAGAAUCAGAUACAUGAAAGAGGAGACAUUAACUCCACCUGAAAAUUAA